GCAUUAACAAAAAAUAGAAGAAAAAACCGCACGUCAAACGCGACGACAGCUAGUUAGCUGCUACGCAAUUUCACUCACCUGCCGAACGAACACCUGCACGCCGAAAUCGAAGCUCAAUUUGUGCUUGCUGACGUGUGCAAGUGCAAGAAGACAAGGACAACAACGAAAGGAUAUUCACAAAAUAUAAAAAGCAACAACAACAGCAGCAGCAAGCUGCUGGUGACACGAGUGAAAUUAACGAAGUGCAAUUGAACGACACACGCAUACACACACAAACCAAACGCAACACAUCAGCAGCAGAAACCGAAACAGCUAAGAAAAUGCAGUCGCGCAUCGACAAGGCAUUGCAUAAAAAUCCUGAUACUCGAGAAUAAGGCAGCACUCAAGAAAAUAACUACAACAGCAACAGCAGCAACAACAAGAACGAAAAAGGGCAGCUAGUGCGGAAAGUAAAAAAGUUGUUUGUCAACUUGUUGGCGUCCAGAGUAAAAGUCAAAUGUUGCAGCAACAAAGUGGCUGGCUGUACUGCUGCUGCUGCUACAACAACAACUACCAUCAACUGGACAACCAACCUGGACGACAACUAGUACUAAAGUAGUGCGCCAGUGUGCAUGCAGCAGCGCCUGCGGCCAGUAUUAGCAGAGGAACGCGCAAACGUACUUGUAAUAUCAUCCAAAGUUUAAUUGCAGCAUCCCCACCUUAAGAUGUCGACGAUAACGCGUAGCGCCAGCGCUAGUCCUUGCAUGGCACUGAAUGCCAUCAUUGAUCCCAGCCUGUUUCCACUCAAAUCUACAGCAGAUGUGGUUAAUCUCUUUCGUCGGGCGCUCACCAGUGGUAUCGAGCCGGAUCUCACGCUUCUGUCCAUUGUUGUCGGCUAUAUAGAACUUUCGCUAACCACGGGCGAAGCAGCGCAAGCAGCGGCGGCGGCAGCAGCAGCGGCAGAACAGCAGCAUAGCACGUCUGGGGACAUUAUUAUGGGCAACAGCGUACCCUUUCCAAUUGUAACUCACGAGUUGAUAGCGGGUCUCUAUAAAAAAUUUCAAACCAUUUUAUCUGUUGUGGAGAAACCCAAGCCACAUCGUCAGGCUACGCGGGAAGUCAUCAAGAAGGUAUCGGACGUUAUAUGGAAUUCGCUGAUACGCAGCAGCUACAAGGAUCGUGCGCAUCUGCAGAACCUUUAUAGCUAUCUGUCGGGCAAUAAGCUGGACUGCUUUGGUGUGGCGCUGGCCGUGGUGGCCGGUUGCCAGCUGCUAGGUUACAAGGAUGUGCGCCUGGCCAUAUCCGAGGAUCAUGCGUGGGUAGUGUUUGGCCAGAAGCGUGUGGAAACCAUUGAGGUAACCUGGCAUGGCAAGGGCAGCGAGGAUAAACGCGGACAGGACAUCACGCCGGGCAUUGAGUCGGGCUCCUGGCUCUACCUAGGCGGCCUGGCGGUGGUUUGCGAGCGCGGCAUGGAAGUGGCUGCCAUCUGUGCGGCACUAAACAUCUCUCUCACAACGAACAGCGACUGCGUGGAAGUCGCAGAGCUACAGCAGCAGCUUCUCUGGCUCCUCUACGAUUUGGGACAUCUCAAAAAAUAUCCGAUGGCUUUAGGAACGCUCGGCGAACUAGAGGAAAUUCACCGCACACAUCGUAGCAUCAGUUGUGAGCAGCUAUAUCGAGAGGCUAUUGAGGCGGCACGCACGCACUAUCGGAACCACCAUGUGUAUCCAUACACCUAUCAGGGCAACUACUACAAUCGACUGCUCAAGUACCGCGAAGCUUUUGCCGCCUGGGCCAAUGCAGCGGAUGUCAUCAGGCUCUACACCUACCAAUGUCGGGACGAUGAGGAAAUCUAUAAGGAGCUGCUGGACAUUGCUAACGAGCUGAUACCGUAUGUGAUGAAGACGGAGAGUUCGGGGCACUCAGCACGCAGCAUUCUGCGAGACUCUGAGGUUUUCGCCAACCUACUGCGUUUCUACGAUGGCAUCUGUCAGUGGGAGGAGGACAGUUUGACGCCCAUAUUGCAUAUUGGAUGGGCCAAGCCAUUGGUUACUAAUAUUACCAAAUUCGAUUACGACAUACGCUCCCAGGUGGUUAUUAAGCUGCCCGAGGAUGUGGAGGCGGAGCAAGCAGCGGCGGCGGCUGCGGCUGCUGAGCAGGCGAAGAAAGCGCAAGAGGCAUUACAAUUUGAGGGCAACAAUAACAACAACAAUACAUUAAUCAAGAAAGAUGAGAAACACAAUGCGGAUGGCAAAAAGUCGGAGCUGCCCACAACUUUGGCGGAUUUGACGGCUGCUUGCGGAGAAAAGAUUUUGAAUCCAGAUUUUCUGCUGCAAGGUGGUGGCCAACCAUUUGCCGACCAAAAACAGCAAACGUCUGUUCAACAGGCAGGAAAGUCAACAGUAACAGCAACAACAACAACUACACCCUCGGUGGAGCAACAACAGCACAACAACAUCAAUAACAACAACACAACCGCCAAGGAGGCUACAACAAAUGGCGGUUCAAAUGUUCAAUCAUCGUCUAGCGAGGCUAACAGCACAAAUGUAGAGCACAAAGAAGCUAAAAUGGAGACAACAGAAACAGCAGCAGCAGCAGCAGCAACAACAACAGCUGCCAAAGCAGCAGCAGUGACAACAGCAGCAACUCACACCAACUCGAGCAUUGACGAUUACGAUCCUUUUGAAAUCAUGCUUAAACGUCCCGUCAUAACGCUCUACAGUCAGAAAAUGAAGGGUCUCAAGGAUUUGCUGCUGGCCGAGAAGCUCAACACCCAUGCCAUUUCGCUGCAGGUAACCGCUCAAUCAGUAGCAUCGCGUAAGGUGCGCGGUGUGGAUAAGCAGCCAUCGAACAUAUCCACACAUGCCACUAUCAAUGUGACGGCUAUCGCAUCGUCAGCCGGAUCGGAUGGCGGCACUGGUGCGUCUCCUGCAUUGGCAUCGGCAGCGGCCAAUGAUUCCAUAGCAGCAUCGCGACCGAAACGUACGCGUCGCGAGUGAAUUUGUUGUUUGUAUUUAUGCUUAAUUAGCCAAGGGGGUGUGCUAUUUAAAGAGAUAAAUGCCAGCAAAAAUCGUAAUAUCUGCAAAACUAUGUUAAUGCUGAAUCAUAUUAGAAACUCUUAAUUUUGUCACGAAAA